AGACUUGGAGAGGACAGUCUGUGACCAAGGCUGCUGCACCCCCUCCUCGGCACCUAACUCCCUGCUUAAGCAUGAAACUCCUCCUCUCCGCUGUGCUGUCCUUCGGGAUAGUGGCUCUGUGUUUUGCUGCUCCCCCCAAGACAAGUGUCAGGUGGUGCACAAUAUCCUCGGCAGAGGAGAACAAAUGCAACAGCCUGAGGGACCACAUGCAACAGGACAAUGUUGCCUUGAGUUGCCUGCAGAAAGCAACAUACCUUGACUGCAUAAAAGCCAUUUCGAAUAAUGAGGCAGAUGCCAUCAGCCUGGAUGGAGGGCACGUGUUUGAGGCAGGCCUUGCUCCCUACAAGCUGAAGCCCAUCGCUGCUGAGGUCUACGAACACAGUGAAGGCUCCACCACCAGCUACUAUGCUGUGGCCGUCGUGAAGAAGGGAACAGGCUUCACCAUAGGUGACUUGCAAGGCAAGACCUCCUGCCACACAGGCCUGGGCAGGUCUGCUGGCUGGGUCAUCCCCAUUGGGACACUCAUCCACCGUGGAGACAUCCAGUGGGAUGGCAAAGACUCAGGCUCCAUCGAGCAAGCCGUGGCCAAUUUCUUCUCUGCCAGCUGUGUCCCUGGUGCCACCACUGAGCCCAGACUGUGCCGCCAGUGCAAGGGCGAUGCCAAAACCAAGUGCUCCCGCACAGGGCCUUAUUCUGGAUAUUCUGGAGCUUUCCACUGUCUGAAAGAAGGCAAAGGAGAAGUGGCUUUUGUGAAACACACAACUGUUCUAGAGAACGCCCCCAAUGAGAAGGAUGAGUAUGAGCUGCUGUGCCUGGAUGGCACCCGCCAGCCCGUGGACAACUACAAGACCUGUAACUUGGCCAGGGUCCCUGCUCAUGCUGUCAUGGCUCGAGAUGACAACAAGGUCGAUGACAUCUGGAACUUCCUCUCCAAAGCACAGGAAAAGUUUGGCGUGGGCACAAGCAGCACCUUCCACCUCUUUGGGCCACCUGGCACGAAGGACCCAGGCCUCAAAGACUUGCUUUUCAAGGACUCUGCAAUACAGCUGAAGCGUAUCCCAUCCCUGAUGGAUGCCCAGCUCUACCUAGGCUUUGACUACUACAGUGCCAUCCAGAGCCUUCAGAAAGACCGUGUGACCCCGAGCCGCAGGGGCAGCAAGAUUCAGUGGUGUGCCAUAGGCAAGAACGAGAAGCACAAGUGUGACCUCUGGAGCGUGAUGAGCAAUGGGGAGGUGGAGUGCGUGGUGGCUGACGACACCAAGGAAUGCAUCACGAAGAUCAUGAAAGGUGAAGCAGACGCUAUCAGCUUGGAUGGAGGCUUUGUCUACACUGCUGGUGUGUGUGGCUUGGUGCCAGUGGUGGCAGAGAGCUAUGAGGAGAGUCACUGCAGUGAUGCAGAAGGAGAACCAGCAACCUACUUUGCUGUGGCUGUGGUGAAGAAAUCUGACAAGGACACGACAUGGAACAACCUGCAGGGCAAGAAGUCGUGCCACACUGCUGUGGGGAGAACUGCUGGCUGGAACAUCCCCAUGGGCCUGAUCCACAACAGGACAGGGAGCUGCAACUUUGAUGAGUACUUCAGCCAGGGCUGUGCUCCUGGCUCUCCUCCCAACUCCCGUCUGUGCCAGCUGUGCAAGGGCUCGGGGGGAGUCCCACCAGAGAAGUGUGUUGCCAACAGCCACGAGAAGUACUACGGAUACACCGGAGCCCUGCGGUGUCUGGUGGAGCAGGGGGAUGUGGCCUUUAUUAAGCAUUCCAUUGUUGAGGAGAACACUGAUGGCAAAAGUAAAGAGGAGUGGGCCAAAGACCUGAAAAUGGAUCAGUUUGAAUUGCUGUGCACUGAUGGGCAACGGGCAAACGUCAUGGAUUACAGGAGGUGCAACCUGGCCAAGGUUCCUACCCACGCUGUGGUCACUCGGCCCGAGAAAGCACAACAAGUCCGUGACCUGCUGGAGAAACAGGAGAGACUGUUUGGAGCAAAAGGAACCAGGAAUAAUGAGUUCAAUAUGUUUUCAUAUAAAACCAAGGAUCUUCUGUUCAAAGACUUGACCAAGUGCCUGAUCAAGCUCCGUGAUGGGAUGACGUACAAAGAGUUCCUGGGAGAUAAAUACUAUGCUUCAGUUGCUAGCCUCAACACCUGCAAUCCAUCAGAUCUUCUCCAAGUGUGCACCUUCCUUGAGGAAAAGUAGUGAGAUGGGAAGAAUCCUCACUGGAGGGGGAGAAAACUUCCAGUCAUGACUCCUCUCGUGCCCUCAGCACCGAGCACUGACCCAUGAGGGCUCUCUGCCUUCAGUGCUUUCUCUGCCUUUCCUCACCACUCUGAAAGUGGAUCCUGGAGACUUUACACUUCUCUGCUGCUAUCACAGCAAAAAUAAAAUCUCAAGUCUAAACA